AUGAAGUUGUUGGUAAUAGUCGCUACGGUCGUGGUCUCGUCAUCAGCGGCUCCCCAAGGCUAUCACCUGGAUACGCCUUCAGGACCAAACUUUGGAAUAAGAGGUUCAGGCUCAGGUUUUGGACCAGGAGGUUCAGGCUCAGGUUUUGGAACAGGAAGUUUAGCCUCUAGUAUUAGAUCAGGAGGGUGCGGGCCCGGAAGGGUGCUGCAUAAUGACGGGAGAUGCGUCAUUCCACGCGUCAACCGCAAAGUUUACUUGUAUGACGCGCCACCCGUACCAGUGUCCUAUGGUCCCCCACCCUACAUUCCAGAGCCAACCGUUGAGACAAACAUCUUGUUCAUCCGAGCACCAGAACAAGGACAAGGACCAGAUCCUAUUGUUAUACCGCCUCCUAGACAAGAACACGUUGUGUACGUCCUUAACAAAGAGUCUCUACAGCAACAGGAAGUGAUCGAACUCCCAGCUCCGCCAGCGAGCGAACCGGAAGUUUACUUCGUGAACUACGGUGACGGCGAGAACCCGGUUCUUCCCAGCGGCGUUGAUCUCCAGACUGCCCUGAACGCCGGAGGUGCCGGAGGCGUUGAUGGAGGUUUCGGAGGCAGUGGAGGAAUCGGUGGUUUCGGAAAUGGAGGAAUCGAGGAAGUGGAGAAAUCGGUGGAUUCGGAGUUAGUGGAGGGAGCGGUGGAUUCGGAGGAAGUGGAUUCAGUGGAUUCAGAGGAAGUGGAGGAAUCGGUGGAUUCGGAGGAAGUGGAUUCGGAAGCAGUACUAUCAACGUCGGCCUCGUGA